AUGGGAUAUAAGAUAUAUUCUAACUCUGACUUAGUUCAAACAGUAACAUGGGCAAACUAUGAAUGGUUCGCUUUGAGAAACUCAGUACAACCACAAGCUAGAGAACAAACAGACCAGUAUGCAACUAUUGAGAAAAUAAGAAGACUUGACCCUAACGUUCCAGGAGUUUAUGUUAACCUUUCUGGACAAACUGCAGCAGCAGUAACCAAAGUAAAACUGAAACUUAGAGUUCCUUUGUCAUCUUUCCUCAUCUUCAGGUUUUUAAGAUACUUGCCAAACUGGGCAGGAAAAAUUUCUAUCGAACUUACUCCAAGCAAAAAUAACUUAGUCAUUGCACCAACACAAGACCCAUUCACUAUUACAGACGUAAAGGGAACAAAUCAAACGUCAUUCGCCGAAUUUUGCAAAGACAAAGUUGACUUAGACUUUGGUUUCUCAAACUUCAACACUGCAGUAAACUAUUAUUUCAAUGCUGCUGGAGAUGCUUGGGACCCAGUUAAGUUCACAUGCGAAAAAUUUGAAUGCAAGAGAAUAGAAAGCAGACUUGCAGUCUAUAUGUUGGACCCAGAUAUUUCAAAUGCUUUAGCUGCCAAAUAUAUUGCAGUUCCACUUAUGUUCCCUAUACACCAAAUAUCUGUCAAAGACUUUGCAGGUGAAGUUGGAAACCAAAGUGCUGACCCAGGUGCAAGAACAGAUAUUGCUUUAACAACUGCAAUGAAACAUGCAGAUACUAUGUUUGUACUGUUCAGACGAACUAUAAAUGACUAUUCUUGUUUCUACAACCCUGGUAUUAAAUAUCAUAUAAACAUAGAUGGCAAAUAUUAUCCAAGAGAAGAAUAUUCUACAGUUGAGGAUAUGAGGUCAUACAACUUGACAUUAGAUGCUAUGAACUUUAACAACAACUUCACAACAACCAUUAACCCUGAAAUGCAAAGUUCUAUUAUGCCAUAUGUGAAAGUAUGGACUCAUACAGGAGGUCAAAAAACUCAAUAUACAAAUGGAGACC